GAGUCGUGUCUUCUUCCCUUUUGUAAAUCACCUGAAGAGGAUCCUUUCAAGCUGGAAGCACUUGCGAUUCAUCUUCUUCUCUGCUCUUCGAUCCCGUAGUGAGGAGAACAAAGAAUGGCGUUUGCUAAAAUGUUUUUUCUUUUCAGCAAAUUUCAGCAGGGUGUUGGUGUUCUAGCAAAGAGUACCACUUUUGCCAAGAAUCCACGGCAACUGCAAUAUGAAGCCGAUAUUAACAAGCUUUUUAUGUUUACAAGCUAUAAUCGUUUGGGACGAGAUGCUGAAGAGGCUGAUGCAGAAGAGAUCAUUGAGAUGGCUGGCAAAGCCACUUUAUCUGAGCAACAGAAGCAAGUACAAGAGAACAUUCACUACCAGCUCGAAAACUUUUGUGCUUCCAUGGACGAGAUUCUUCUUCUUCUUCCUCAUAAAGACAAAACAGAGGAGCUAAACGAGUCAGGAUCAGAGCUUUCGCCAACUGCAGACAAGACAGUAGUUCCUGAGACUAAGCCGCUUAAACUUGCUGAAAUCUCGAAGCUAUUAAAGGAUAGGAUUGGGUACACCCUCGAGAUCAAACCAUCCUUAAUACCUCACAAAGACGCAGGUCAAGGUUGUUUCAUAGAAGGUGAAGCAGACGUGGGAGCUGUCUUAGCCUUCUACCCUGGUGUGAUUUAUUCUCCUGCUUUCCACAGAUAUAUCCCCGGGUAUCCAGAUGUCGAUGCACAUAACUCAUAUCUGAUCACGAGGUAUGACGGGACGGUAAUAAAUGCUCAGCCUUGGGGUCGUGGAGGAGAAUCACGGCAAGUAUGGAACGGCUCUUUCACAACGCCUGAGGUUAGAACAGAUGCUAAAACCGUGGAGCACGGUUCAGACAAGGAAACCAAGAUUCUGACUAAGCCGCUCGAAGCUGUUGUUGAAAUGAGAAACCCGUUGGCGUUCGGUCAUUUCUUGAAUCACCCGGGCAAAGAUAUGGAUCCUAAUGUCAUGGUUUGUCCGUAUGACUUCCCUUUGUCAGAGAAUGGGAUGCGAGCUUACAUUCCAAAUGUAGCUUACGGAAAUGCAGGAGAGGGGAAGAUGAUGAAAUUUGGAGGCUUGUCGUUUAAGACCGGGAGUAGUAGCAGUUUGGAUGCUCCUGUACUUAAGACGGUUGUUCUGGUGGCUACAAGAGCGUUGUGCAAUGAAGAAUUGUUGCUGGAUUACAGUCUGAGUAACUCCGAGAGAAGACCAGAGUGGUAUACUCCAGUUGAUGAAGAGGAAGAUGGAAGGAGAUAAAAGCUGAAGUCUAGUUUCUUGGGAACGAGAUUCAUAGUGUGAUGAAAAAGUUGCAAUUGCAAGACUUGUUUUAUCUAAAUACAAGAAUACAAUCAAAUAAAACAAGGUUAUAUUUCUCUCAAAAUCAAAAAAGUUACAACA